AAUUAUCUGAAAAAAAUAUCAAUAUCAGUAAAAUAGAAGAUGCCUCAGAAGCUUAUUCAGAUUUCUUAACUAAAGAGGAAGUUAAUUUACCAUUUAUCUUGGAUGAAGUAAAUGCUAUUAUGCAUCAAAUGAAUAGUGAAAUUCAUGUUCGAGAAUUUGAAAAUGCCAUGCGAGAUUUGUUAAAGUCAACAGUUCAUGUUGUAGCUAUGGAUGUCUUUGCAAAUGAAAUUUGUG